AUGACAGCUGAUGAUGAAAUUCGUAAUAUUCGGUGGACAUUGGGAAAAAUACAUCAGGCAUUAUAUCGAAUGGAUAAUGAGUUUGAAAAAGCUCUACCGGAAGUGAAUCAUUUCUCGGCCAAAUUAGAGCAAAUUAUAACAGAUGUAGCAAAUGAAGCAAAUAAUAUCCGUACUAUAACUGUUAAAAUUAUUUCAAAU